CACGGGGCGGCGGGGCGCGCUGCUGAUUAUCAUCUCAUUAGCAUAUGACGCGGGAAGGCGGAAGCGGCGGCGGCAUGGGGCGGUGCGGGGCCGCCCUGCGGCUGGCCCUGGAGGGGAACAUCGCCGUGGGGAAAUCGACCUUCCUGAGGCUGCUGGCCGCCACCUUCCCGCGGUGGCACCUGGUGACAGAGCCCGUGGCGCAGUGGCGCGAGGUGCCGGCCGCUGGCACUGCCCAGGCGCCGGGGGGCAGUGCCAACCUGCUGCAGCUGAUGUACCGGGAUCCCGCCCGCUGGUCCUUCACCUUCCAGAGCUUCUCGAGCCUGAGCCGCCUCCGGGCCGCGCUGGAGCCCCCGGAGCCGCGCGGGGACCCCCCCGGGACCCCCCCCGUGCGGGUCUUUGAGCGCUCGCUCUUCAGUGACAGGUACGUGUUCGCGCGGGCGCUGCUGGAGGCCGGGCACCUGCAGCCGCUGGAGUGGGCGAUCUACGGCCAGUGGCACGAGCUGCUGCUGCGGCACCUGGCGCCGCGCGCCGCGCCCCACGCCUUCCUCUACCUGCGCGCCAGCCCCCAGACCUGCCUGGAGCGGCUGCGGCGGCGGGCGAGGAGCGAGGAGAGCGGGAUCCAGCUGGGCUACCUGCAGCAGCUGCACGGCCAGCACGAGCUGUGGCUGGUGGCCAGGGCCACCGAGAUCCACUGCGAGGCGGCGCGGCGCGCGCCCGUGCUGCUGCUGGACGUGGAGCAGGACUUCGAGCACGACGAGGCCAGGCAGGGCCUGCUCAUGGCACAGGUGGAGGCCUUUGUGACAUCCCUGGGUGCCCGCUCUGUGCCAUCCCAGCCCGACCCCCUCAGCUCCGGGCAAGGGGCGGCGUCCGCCUGAAGACCCCCAGGAGAGGGGACACGGUCCUGAGGACAGGGGACACGGUCCUGAGGACAAGGGACACGGUCCUGAGGACAAGGGACACAAUCCCAAAGACAGAGGACACAAUCUUGAGGACAAAGGACGCGAUCCCAAGGACAGGGGACACGGUCCUGAGGACAAGGACAUGGUCCUGAGGACAGGGGACACGUCCUGGGGCAGGGGACACGGUCCUGAGGACAGGGGACAUGAUCCCAAGGACAAAGGACACAAUCUUGAGGACAGGGGACAUGAUUCCAAGGACGAGGGACACGAUCUUGAUGACAGGGGACACAAUCUUGAGGACAAAGGACGCAACCCCAAGGACAAGGGACACAAUCUUGAGGACAGGGGACACGAUCCUGAGGACAAAGGACACGAUCCCGAGGACAGGGGACAUGUCCUGGGACAGGGGACACGGUCCUGAGGACAAGGGACACAACCCCAAGGACAAGGGACACGAUCCUGAUGACAGGGGACACAAUCCCAAGGACAAGGUACACGAUCCCGAGGACAAAGGACACGAUCCCAAGGACGGGUCACGUCCUGGUCCCCACUGUCCCCUCAGCCCCUCUGUCCUGGCCAGGGCUGGAUCCUCAGAGCCGUGCGGGGUUUUGGGGUUUUGGGGUCGGGUGUCCCUUGCUGUGACCCCUGGCCCUCCUUGGGGUGCAUUUCCUGCUGCAGUUCCCGUGGAAAUCCCGGGGUUUGACCCCAGCCCAGCAUUCGUUAAUUUGCAUUCGUUAAUUUGUAUUCAUUAAUUUCUAUUUAAUUUUUCCCCUUAAAUUAAGAUCGAAUCGCU